AUGCUAAAAACUAGAGUGGUUCCUCUAGCAUUGAGAAGCUUUGCCAGAGCAAAGUCUUCUUCGACUUCGGCUCUUGCUUAUAAGCAACUGCAUAGAAAUAAGGCAAGACCUCCUUUACCAACGAUCGAAACUCCAUCUUGGUCUACUAACAGUGCCAUCUCAUCGAUCCUAUAUGAAAAUCCAGUAAUCUCAAAGGAGCCAAAGAAACAACAUGUUUUGAACUGUUUGGUUCAAAACGAGCCAGGUGUUCUAUCGUUAGUCUCAGGUACUCUAGCUGCAAGAGGCUUCAAUAUCGAUUCCCUUGUGGUCUGUAACACUGAAGUGAAAGAUUUAUCCCGUAUGACCAUUGUGUUGCAAGGUCAAGACGGUGUCAUCGAACAAGCCAGAAGACAAAUCGAAGAUUUGGUACCAGUAUUUGUCGUGUUGGAUUACUCUCAUUCCACCAUCAUAGAAAGAGAAUUGUUGAUGACAAGAAUCUCUUUGUUGGGUGCUGAAUACUUCGAGGAUUUGAUUCAUCACCAUGAACAAGAUGAAAAUACUGAUACCGUUGAAAGAAUAAGACAACAGCAAUUCCAUCCUUCCAACCUUCCACUGUCCCAAGUAUUGAGAUUGAAGCAUGAACAUUUAAACGACAUCUCUAACUUGACUGGUAACUUUGGUGGUAAGAUUGUUGAUAUCGCUGAACAAAGUUGUAUUGUGGAAUUAUGUGCUAAACCAUCCCGUAUCUCUGCAUUCUUGAAACUUGUGGAACCUUUCGGUAUCUUGGAAGUGGCAAGAUCAGGUAUGAUGGCUCUACCAAGAACCCAUUUAUCUGUCGGUGAUGAAGAUGAUGCUCAAAGCAAGAUGAAUGACAUCGUUGAUAUCUCUCAAUUGCCUCCUGGUUGA